GGGAAGUCACCGGUGCCUCAUCAGCCUCCGAAACACUCUUCUCCUUCUUCUUCUUCCUUCUUCUUCUUCGCUGGGAACAUGUCAGCCAGCACCAAUCCCAUCGUCUCCACCAUCUCCGCUCGCGUCCCACCUCUCGAGCGCUCGCUCGUCCGCGCUCGACUCCCGAAACCCAGAAUCCCAUUCCCUUCGCUCCCCUCAAAGGUCCCUCCUUUCGCGCGUGCCAUCGUCCGCAAGCACUGCAAUGGCAACCCCUCCGUUUCUCCGUCCGGUAGGCCCGGAGGCCUUCAAGUUCGUCGCAGCUUCACCAAGAACGAGAAGCCGGAGGACCCACUUCUGGAGGAGGAGGAGGGCCCGUCGAGGGGCGAUGCGGAGGGAGGGAGGGACUGGACGUCGUCGGUCUUGCUCUUCCUGCUCUGGGGAGGGAUUAUGUAUUAUGUCUUCAACUUAGCUCCGAACCAGACUCCGUCGAGGGACGUGUAUUUUCUGCAAAAGCUGUUGAAUUUGAAAGGAGAUGAUGGUUUCAGGAUGAAUGGAGUGCUUGUGUCCUUGUGGAACAUUAUGGGUUUGUGGCCUAUGGUUUAUAGCAUGCUGCUGCUUCCAACAGGCCGAAGCUCAAAGGGCAGUGUUCCUGUCUGGCCUUUCGCAGUACUUUCUUUCUUUGGCGGCGUCUAUGCUCUCAUUCCUUACUUUGUACUAUGGAAACCACCUCCACCUCCUGUUGAAGAAGCUGAGCUCAGUAGAUGGCCUUUGAAUUUCCUAGAAUCAAAGCUCACUGCUGGGAUAGUAUCUCUUGCAGGACUAGGAUUGAUCACCUAUGCAGCUUUUGCGGGUGGAGAUGACUGGAGGGAGUUCUUCCAGUACUUCAGAGAGAGCAAAUUAAUCCACGUCACAUCCCUCGAUUUCACUCUACUGUCUGCAUUUGCUCCUUUCUGGGUUUACAACGACAUGAGCUCUCGGAAAUGGUAUGAGAAAGGCUCCUGGCUUCUCCCUCUUUCCGCAGUGCCAUUUCUAGGCCCUGCUUUGUAUCUCAUACUACGGCCUGCAGUGAAAACUGUUUCGGUUGUUUCGAGUACAUCUGAGCAAGAGUAGUUUUUCGACUCCCUUGUUACCGUGCAGUAUCUUCCCUAUGUAAAAAGUGAAUGAAGCCGACGGUCAUCGCAUCGGGGAAGAAGAAAUCAUGACUAGACGAAGCUUCUGAGAUAUGUGGAGAUGAGAAUGGUUUCGGAAGAUCAAGAUUAUUCCACAGAGACGAAGGGAGAAUAGACAAGAUUAUUUGGAGAAAAGAAUAUCAGACAAGCAGAGCUUUGAUUUGCAAAAGAUAGAAUAGAGAAAUCAAGUGAAUUCUUCUUCAUGUAACAAAUCAUUAUGCUAGUUUUUUUAAUUCUCUAAAUUUAUGCACAUAUGUUAAUCUGGAAAAGUAUAUGUCAGCUUACAGAAAUUACAUUU